UGCAAUUUGCAUAAAUAAAAUUAGCAAAAGAAGCUUUCUAUCUCUUCAUUCCAAAAAUCUCUCUCACAGUUACAUAACCAUGGCUUUCUCUGUUCUGUCUUCCUCUUUCAUUCAUCCUCAACUAACAACUUCCAUUGCCAAAAUGACUCUUCUUGACGCUAUCUUGUUCUAUGUUGUACAUUUUGUAGACAAACUGAGAAUAUGGCACAGACUGCCAGUGAUAUUGGGACUCAUUUACCUGGCAAUCAGAAGGCACCUGCACCAACGUUAUAAUCUGUUUCAUGUUGGAGGAAUCAACGGUCAUAAAUAUGACACCAAGGAAUUUUCUUAUCGUACGAGUGAUGGAAAAUGCAACCAUCCAACUGAUAAUAUGAUUGGGAGCCAAGGAACUUUCUUCGGUCGCAACAUGCUUCCUUCCUCUUCUCCAUAUACGUUGAUGGAUCCUCACCCAACAGUUGUAGCCAACAAGCUUUUGGCAAGAAAAAAGUUGAUAGACAAUGAAAAGCAAUUCAACAUGAUAGCUUGCUCAUGGAUCCAAUUCAUGAUUCAUGAUUGGAUUGAUCAUAUGGAAGAUACCCAACAGGUGGAAAUUAGAGCACCUGAUGAAGUUGCAGAUGGGUGUCCAUUGAAGUCCUUCAAAUUCUUUAAGACCAAGAAAAUUUCCACACAUUCACCUUAUUUAAAGACUGGAUGCCUGAAUACAAGAACUCCUUGGUGGGAUGGGAGUGUUGUUUAUGGGAACAAUGAGGAUGGAGUGAGAAGAGUAAGGACAUUCAAAGAUGGGAAAUUAAAGAUUGGAGAAGAUGGACUACUUGAACAUGAUGAGAAAGGAAUUCCAAUUUCUGGUGAUGUUAGGAAUUGCUGGGCAGGGUUUUCCCUAUUACAAGCCUUAUUUGUCAAAGAACAUAAUGCUGUAUGUGAUAUGCUUAAAGAAAAAUACCCUGAAUUUGAUGACGAAGAACUCUAUCGAUACGCAAGAUUGGUUACUUCAGCUGUUAUCGCUAAAAUUCACACCAUUGAUUGGACCGUGGAGCUCCUAAAAACUGACACUAUCCUUGCUGGAAUGAGGAUCAAUUGGUAUGGAUUCUUAGGGAAGAGGAUUAAGGACAUAUUUGGACACUUUGGAGGACCUUUGUUUAGUGGAUUGGUUGGUCUUAGAAGGCCAAGAGAUCAUGGAGUUCCCUAUUCACUGACUGAAGAGUUUGCGAGUGUGUAUAGAAUGCACUCACUUUUGCCUGAUAAACUCAUUUUAAGGGACAUCAAAUCCACAUCUUCAGAACUUGAAUGCCCUCCAGUUCUUGAAGAGGUGCCUAUGAGAGAAAUGUCAGGAAAGGAAGGAGAGAAAAGAUUGUCAAAAAUUGGAAUGGAGAAAAUGUUGGUCUCAAUGGGUUAUCAAGCAAGUGGAGCUCUUACAUUGUGGAACUAUCCAUCAUGGAUGAGAAACCUUGUUGCUCAUGAUAUUAAUGGAGAAGAUAGACCAGAUCCUGUUGAUAUGGCUGCUAUGGAAAUCUACAGAGAUAGAGAGAGGGGAGUUGCUAGGUAUAAUGAAUUUAGAAGGAAAUUAUUGAUGAUUCCAAUAAGCAAGUGGGAAGAUUUGACAGAUGAUAAGGAGGUUAUAGAAGCUCUUCAUCAAGUGUAUGGAGAUGAGAUUGAAAAGCUUGAUUUGCUAGUUGGCCUACAUGCUGAAAAGAAAAUCAAAGGCUUUGCUAUUAGUGAGACUGCUUUCUUUAUCUUCUUACUCAUCGCAUCAAGGAGGCUAGAGGCUGAUCGUUUCUUCACAACCAAUUUCAACUGUCAAACCUACACAAAUGAAGGGUUAGAGUGGGUUAACAAGACAGAGACGUUGAAAGAUGUAAUCAAUCGCCAUUUCCCUGAAAUGACGAAGAAAUGGAUGAAGUGUUCAAGUGCAUUUUCAGUUUGGGACUCAAAACCAGAUCAAGUGAACUACAUACCCUUGUAUUUGAGACCUGCCCCUUGAAAUGCUAUCUUCCUAUGAUAGGAACUAGUCUUUUUGCAGAAUAAUACUUGUAAUUCCCUCUUUCUUUUUUUUUACCUUUUUUUUUUUUUUGAGGCAAAAUAAUACGUUGUAUUAGUUGAAAUAGUUUUAAGCACAAAAUUGUAGAAAUAUGGAUAAUGUUGCACAAAGAAAACAUCAAACAGGGACCUCAGCUGCACAUGAGAGAAUAUGUAUAUAUACAAAUGAGUGUGCAAAAUAA